CGCUGUCAGUCGCUUUUGACAAUCAUACCCGUAUGAGACUCUCGGGUAACGUGUCACGAACGAACACCUGCCGCAGCAACCGAUGUUUUUGUUUUGCCGCGGGAUUACUCAUUCGGGCGCGAGCCAAUAUUGUGUGCAAAGCCGCACAAUUCAACGCGGCGUUCAAGAUCGACAGAAUCGCGCACGAAGAAAACGAGUGAUAAAUUCGUCGGACGCUCCGGUUAAAUUCGACGGAGCAAUGCUAGAAACGCGCUCUGCCGUUUACAAAAUGAUGAAGGAGAAAGCCCACGGUGAGAGACAGAUUACCAGUUGGCCGCCGUCGUUCUCGUCCGAACUGACUCCAUACACGGUGACCGAUUUUGGCGGCCUGAUCAAAAGAACCUGCGACAGCAAAAGCUUGACUCUCAGGAUCUGCAAAGUAAUUGUCAUCGGCGAUGUAGCCGUCGGCAAGACGGCGUUGGUGAAUCGGUUCUGUCACAAAUUGUUUGAUAACAAUUAUAAGGCUACUAUCGGCGUAGACUUCGAAGUCGAGAGAUUCGAUAUCCUCGGUGUGCCUUUCCACUUGCAAAUAUGGGACACCGCCGGGCAAGAAAGAUUUAAAUGCAUAGCCGCAUCUUAUUACCGCGGUGCAAAUGUCAUUAUGAUCGUCUUUGAUCUGGGAAACUUGAUGUCCUUGGCACAUUGCCAGCAAUGGUUGAAUGAGGCAAGUCGCAGUAACGUCAGCCCAUACCAUAUUUUCUUAGUGGGCGCUAAGAAAGAUUUAUUGUCCCAACCGGUAUAUGAAAUAAUAGAAAAGCGGGCAGCAGAAACGGCGAGAAGGAUGCGGGCAGAAUAUUGGGCGAUUUCGUCAAGGACAGGCAACGGCGUGUCCGAAUUGUUCACACGUGUGGCAGCGUUGUCCUUUCACGCGAUGGCGUUACGAGAAAUGCAGAGCAUGAAAUUGGAGCCGAUAAACAUCGGUUCUGCGACGAUAACAUUGAAACAGCAAUCGAGAGAAACAGAGAUUAAAGCACGGAGGCCGUCGAAGUGUCUUAGAUGCGUGACGUGACGGCUAAAGUCCUGGAAAGUGAAUUAUGUUGAUGAAAAACAAAUGUGACCGAUUAAUUGUAAUAUAUUAUUCCGAGCAGGAAGUUAUUCCGCGCAGGACAACUCUCGAUGAAUCACAUAGCUGUGAGUCAACCAGUCGUUGACAAUCCAGUCGUGCUGGCAACCAGUCGUUUAUCUGUUAAAAGUAAAAUGGAAAAAAUCUUUAAAUUCCAAUUAAAUGCCAAUUAAAUAAAUCGAACUAUUAACCGACGGAAUUUCAAAAGCAAUUUUU